AUGGAUACAAUAGGCAGAAGGGAUCCAGACUAUUACUGCUUUCCCAAAGCUGCUGAAUGGAUGCUCAAUAGUAAUCCAAUCGGAACUGUUGCUAAUUUGACUUGUGGUGAUUUAUUUCAAAGUGAACAUAGAUUUAAUUGGCGCAAUAUUACUAAUGGCGAAUUAAUCGUAAGCCUUCCCCGAAAACCCUUAGUAGAAUUAUGCGGAGUAGGACCGAGCACUACAGAAAUAACAAUCAUCACCACCACCACUACCCGAACUAUAAAUCCCGCUCUAAUCAUUGGCUUAGCUAGUGGUAUGGACGUUUUGGGAAUAAUAGCUAUUACUUUCGCAGCUUCCUUUAUCAUUAUUUACAAGAAAUAUCAAAGGUUAAAAAUCAUUUCCGUCAGUGAUGUGAUACUUUGUAGUUUUCAAAAUAAAAUUGUUUUUAUUAGCCUCACUUCCUAA